AAUAGUGUCAAACGUUUAAGGGACAUGUAAAUACUGUCAUGGCUGACUUUAAGAAAUCAAAAUCUCGAAAUAUUAGAAAAAGACGCAAAUCUUCAGAAAGUGACUCUGAUUCGUGUGAAGAAGAUUCUGUUGGCACAAAAAUCCAAGAUAUCAAAGAACUACAGAAGUUGAGAAACAAACAGAAUGGGGUUAAUGCUACAGCUCUGGCAUUGGGAAAAAAAAUUUCCAAGGAACAAGCUCUCUCAAAUAGUGAUCCAUUCAAACUUGAGACUGGUGGUAUGGUUGAUAUGAAAGCUCUGAAGAAAAAGAAACUGUCCACAGAAGAAGUGGAAGCUAUUGGUACAGCUUUUGCAGCUGAAACAAACAGAAGAGAUGAAGACACAGAAAUGUUGAAGUAUGUUGAAGUUGAGCUAGCAAGGAGGAAAGGUCACCACAAGGAAGAAACGCCAGUAAAAGGACCCUCAAAAGAAGAUGCUUUGUACAGUUUACCUGAAAAUCUCAAAAUUGGAUCAUCAAGCAAAAAGACGGAAGACAUGUUGUCAAAUCAAAUGCUGUCUGGUAUACCAGAAAUUGACCUUGGUAUAGAGGCCAAGAUAGCUAACAUUGAAACAACAGAGAUAGCCAAACAAAAGCUUCUGAUUGAGAACAUGAGGAAGAAAGAUAAUGAGGUCUCAGCCUUCGUCCCGACAAACAUGGCUGCCAACUUUGUCCAGCACAACAGAUUCAACAUUGAGGACACAGCUCCAAUACUGAAAAAGCCAGAAGAGGCCCCUAAACCAGAACCAGUCAGGGUGGGGGAUGUGGACAAAUUAAAAAAGGCUGAAAAAGACCCCAAAGGAACAGAGAAAGCUACAGAUGACUUUCACUACGAGAAAUUCAAGAAACAGAUGAGACGAUACUGAGGUUCUACAUAAACCAGUCGUUCAUAAUCAUCAGCCAUGUUAUAGACAUAUUGACUCAGUGUUUUACACCUUCUUCAUUGUUCUUACAGAAUGAAGUUUAUUUACUUCUAUCCAUAGUCUCUGUUUAAAUCUUGUGAUUGGAGGCAGAAUUUCAGCCGGUAGUGAAGGAUCAUUGGGAGGACUCGUGAAGUUUUUUUUUUUGCUACAUUUAUUUUAUUGUCAUAUGUAUAUAUACACAUUAAAUAGGUCAUCAUUUUU